UAAAUUAAAUUCACAUUUCAGACCUCAGAGAAAACAAAUUGCCCCCGAAACCUAUUAUCGGUCACACUCAAUGUAUACACGAUUACCUUUCUAAAAUACAAAGAAAUUUAAUACAUGCAAUCAUGAAAUCUGUGAAACCUCUGUUCCAAAGUAAUAAGAGCUCACAAUGCCGGAUCGGAACGAGUUCCGAUGGUACCAUCGCUUAUAAAGAAUUCACUCCAAUCCAAAAAUCAUUAGAUUCGGAAAACAUACCCAUUAUUUUACUCCAUGGACUUAUGAGAGGGAAAGAAACAUGGGACGAAUGUGGUCAAAUCAUUUCCAUUCGAACAAAUACCAAAGUUUAUUCCUUAGACGCCAGAAACCAUGGGGACAGUAAAUGGGUUGAUACGAUGGAUUACGACUCCAUGACUGAUGACGUAGUUCACUUUAUGGACAGCAUGAUGAUGCCGAAAGCCAUCAUUUUGGGUCAUGGCAUGGGUGCGAAGACCGGUAUGGUUUUAGCCCUGAAAUACCCUGAAAGAAUACAUUCACUCAUAACAGAAGACACAUCUCUCAACAGUCAUUCGAAAAACAGAGAGCAGCUUAAAAAAUCGGUGGAAAAGUUUGAUGAAAUACUAGAAUUCAUCUCAUUCAAUAAAGGUUUAAAUGAGGCGAAGAGGACGGCCGUUUCCUGUAUGGUCGUCAGACACUAUUACUAUACGAUUAAGAAACGGCAAAACAAGCCUAGAAUUUGGGACGGAAGUGAUUUACCUCUCAAGCCUAAUAAGGAUAAGGGUGGAUUCGAAUGGAACCUUAAUUUGAAAUCCAUAGCGGAGAACAUGCCUUGCGAACCAUGGAAGAAGAGUGGGGUGUUUAAAGGUCCGGUCCUGAUGAUAUAUGGGACAAAUUCUUCAAAUAAUGUGUUAGAUGAAAGAGUCGAAUUUUUGAAGCUAUUUCCAAGAGCUCUUUAUAAAGCUAUAAAAGAAGGAGUUGACUAUCCCUUGCACAUAGAAUAUCCAGACAUGUUUGCCGAAUUAGUUUGUGAUUUUAUUUUAAAACAACGAAGAUGAGAAUCUUUUAACUGCUAACUUUUAAACAAUAAAACGUUAUGAAAAUAUA